ACUCUCGAUUCGAUUCUCUCAGAAUUGAAUGAUUCACAGUCCAAUGGAAAUUUCUAGCUUCAUGUGGUAUACUCUUUUGCCAGACAAAGACACGCCCUACAGUUGAUCACUAGUUCGGGUUAGAAUACCGAGCCGAACGAUACGAACCCCUAUCGGCUAUCGAUAAACACGACAACACGGGCGCGGUGGGGAAAUACGAAAGUGAUAGGAGGGCCCUGGGGGAUGGCUGUUGAAAGCGCAACCUUAUCGAACAACAAGUGGGGAUUAUUAUGAUUCAUCGAGACUUGUCCCACUUAAUAAUUUACUUAAUUGCCUACCCCAUAUCUUAAUCCUGUGUCCGAUUCAGUCCGUAGAAACCCCCUAUUUCACCAACCUUAACUCCCGUGAUAUCCAUCAUUUCACAAACACGAGCGGUUAUAUAAACACCAAUUGACAACGAGAAGACGUGGUACAAGUUUUAAAUAUUAAACAUUAUGUCUGCACCUUCGUCAGAGCGGAGCAUUUCAUCCGACGUUCUCAUUGUCGGAGGCGGCAUCUUUGGUAUAUCCGCCGCAUAUCACCUAUCCCUUGCGCAUCCCGACCCAUCGCGAAUCACGCUGCUUGAUCGGGGUCCAGUGCCGUCGAAGCUAGCUGCUUCGACAGAUUUGCAUAAGAUUAUCCGUGCCGACUAUGGGAAGGCGACCUAUAUGAAGCUGGCGCUGGAAGCCAUUGAUGCGUGGAGUACAAACGAGUUGUUUAAAGCAAAAGAUCCAGAAAACAGUUUGUAUCACCGUACCGGCUGGGUUAAUCUCGGCAGCAAAGGCAGCGAUCUUGCUGACCGGGUGCGCCAAAAUUUCCGCGAAAGCGGCAGCGCGUACGAAAAUAUUACGCAGGACCUCAGCUUUGAGGAAGUCAGAACGAAAUGGGACGGACUACUCGCGCGGACAGACCUGAGUGGGUUUGCUAAUGCCUACUAUAAUCCGCUCGCCGGGUGGGCGGACGCGUCCGAGGCGGGAGAAGCAAUGGUGCGCGACGCGAUGAAGAGAGGAGUCAAAUAUGCUGUUGGCGAGGCUGUAGAGCUGGUGCUGGACGAACAGGACAAGGAGCGAAAAGCCAGAGGCGUGAGGACUGUAGACGGAACCAUAUAUACGGCAGAGAAGAUCCUCCUCGCGACGGGUGCGUGGACGAGCGCGCUCAUGACUGGCGCCGAAGACAAGCUUGGUCUGGAGCAGGAAGACCGCGUCGAGUCCCAGAUCACGGCGGCGGGAGUGUGUGUUGCACAUGUUAAGAUUAAGGAGGGGGAGGAAAUGGAGAAGUUGAAGAAGAUGCCUGUCGUGGUGUAUGGUGAGCACGGCGAAAUUAUCCCUCCAAAGAACGGAUACCUCAAGUUCAACAACGCCAAGAGCUUCGUCAACGUGAUUACCACGCCGUCUGGCCAGAAGAUUUCUGUCCCUCUCUCUUCCGAUCAGAGCGUCGUGCCGGAGAAACUCAAGGAGGAGACCCUUGCGUAUGUGAAGCGCUCGAUGCCUCAGAUGUUGGAUGACGGGCGCGGCGUCGACUAUUGGAGGCUUUGCUGGGACUCCGCCUCGCCGACGCAAGACCACCUGAUCGCGGCGCACCCCGACACGCGGCUGGGCAACGUGUAUUUUGCCGUCGGGGGCUCAUUCCACAGCUACAAGUUCCUGCCGACAAUCGGCAAAUACAUUGUCAAUGUGCUGAACGGCGUUUCCAACGGCGAGGAGUAUGACGAGAUCUGGGCGUGGAAGGAGAAGGAGAAGAAGAGCAAGAGCAGAGAGCACGUUGCGGGAGGGGGAGUGCACGGGGCGGAAGAAAAGUAUUUUCCGCAACGCGAGCUCAAGGAAUUUUGUUAGUAGCAUUCAAUGGGAUAAAUGGGAUUAAAUGGGAUUGUCAAUGCUGUUCUGUUCUAUACUGUAGGAGGUUCUGAUCGAAUGGGGGGUAGAACAGCAGCAGCAGCAGCAGCAGCAGCAGCGGUAGCUGAUAUACGGUGCUAGAAGAAUGGAAAUGAGAGUAAUGUGGAAUUUAAAAAAUUGAUAGAUCAAGUGCUUGUGGACUCAUAGACUCAUGGACUCAUGUUAUCAGACUUAGAUACAGAGGGGGAAUAUGCCGAAACAGAAACGCUACACAUGGACGCAAUAAACGUUUUUGGAACUAAACG